AUGGCGCCCUCCGUACUUGGCCCUGCGCUCGACAAUGUCUGCCACGCCAUGGCCUUCAAGUUGACACCUCUCUACAGUGCUCAGUUAGACCGCCGUACCCGCUGGCGCCGCGUCUUGCGGCGAGCCAAGGCGCCUGAAGGCGGCAGCUGGGUGGCCGACUUUGACGUCGCGCACAUGACCCCUGGCGGCGUCGCGCGGCUGGCGGCAAUCAUAGACGACGAGAUGUUGGAGGGGAAGCUGUCGCAGCUGGCAGAUCGGCCGGGGCUGCCCCUUACGUUUGGAGUUGAGGAAGCCUCGCCCCAGGAGCGG